AUGUUUCUUCCUGCUGAUCCAAGUCAAAAUCCUUUCUUUGAUUUGGAGAUUGAGUUUCUUUCACAAUGGUCUAGUGUGGCUUCCUUGAGUAGUGAUAGUCGAUCUCUUAUAUCGGGUGGAUCCAAUUUGGAAAGCGACCUUCAACAAGCGCAACGAGAUGAUCAACUUGAAGCGCAAGGUGAUAUUGAUCUUUUUACUUUUAUCGGUUUACUUGGUAAUGGUCCUACAACAAUUAACUUCCUUGGUCAGAUUAUGGUUAUUUCAAGUAAAAAAGAUUUUUCUUUUCGAGCUAGUAUGCCUAAUGCAACAUUUUCUUAUGUUAAAUAUCCUGAUUCAUUUCGAGCCACACUUAUUCAAUUAACUAAUGAAGCUUACAACACUUUUCUGUCUGCUCAUUCGAACAUGAAUGAAAUACAGUUAAAUAUGCAACAAAUACCAGGUCAUGUCAAAACAGCAUUAAAACUUUUAGCAACUGCACCAUUUCCACUACUGGAAAAACUUUUACCUUUGUCAUUGAAUAAUAUUGAACGAAUUGGCAUGGAAUGUUCAAAUCUAUCAUCCAUAACACAUAACAAAUUUGCCGAUGUACAAUUGUUAAUCGGUGAAAUCAAUGAACUGACUGGUUAUUCAUCUGGUGUCACUGAUCAAAGAUUAACCGAAACAAUAAUUGAAUUAAAUAAAACUGAAGCGGCAAAGAAUUCAUUGAAAGAUAAAGAAGCUGCUAUUAAACAACGCUAUGAAGAACAAGCUGCCAGAGUUCGAGAAGCUCAACGCGAGUUCAAUAAAGCUUUGGAUAAAAUCCCGUCAGGAUUCAAUGCAAUUGUUCAACAAGCUUUCGGUGCUGUAGUCGACACUUUCAAGGUUGCUAUGGCAUCUAAAUAUUGUGUGGGUGGUUUAGUAAAAAACUGUAUGCCUGGUCCAAUUGGAUCAACUGCUGAAAGUGCUAAGGAAGGCGCACUUCAGCGCGCAAAUUUGGCACUUAGUGCUUUACAACUAGCUGAAGAGCAGUAUCAGAAAACUUUCGUUGAAAUGAUGGAUCAUUAUGAUAAUAUGAAAGAAAUUAUGGUUGAGUUAGCUUCACUCGAUAUGACCAAAAUUGACUUUGAACAACUCAUUCCCAUCUUUCAAAAUGCUAUCAAAUAUCUGAGCGAAAUUAGGGUACAUUGGGGUAGACUGAUUGGUUUUUUCGACACUUUACGAAUUCGAGUCCAGAUUGUUGUGAAAAAUUCAUUUACAAAAUUUGUUGAGUGGAUGAAGACAGCUCAAGGGAUGGGCAAUGAUUUCCUUACUCAAGAAAUUCGUGCGUAUUACUUAGAUAUGUUGAAAGAGGAUGUUGUUGGAAUUCAUCGUGAAGCUCAUCUUCUUUACAUCAUGUCAAAAACUUAUUAUGAUGUAUCAACAGAAAACAUGAUGGAUCAAUUAGCUGGUCUUGCAAAAAUGGUUGUUGCAUCGUCGGACGAUGAACGAAAUCAACUUAAAAAUGAACUUAUGCAAGAUACAAAAGUGGUACAAGACAAAGUCCGUCGCUUAGCACUUCAGCGUAAAAAUGAAUAUGAAUUAGCCAAUGAGCAACGUCAACAAGAAAUAGAACAGUAUAUUCAACAGAUAUCUCUUGAAGCACUUGGAGUGGGUAUAGGACGUCGUCGAAGAAGUGAACACUUGUUUUUAGCGUAA